UGAACUUUUAUUUCUGCCAAAUUCAGUUUUCUAACGCCCUAAUUUCUGAAAUUCGAAGGCUUUGUCGUUCUCGACAAAGAAAAUAUAACUUAACUGCCGCCAAAAAUUGGGUGAAGAAGCUCAAGAGAAUGCACCGAGCCUGUAAGCACACAAAGACAUGAAAUCGUGAACCGUCGAUCCUCAAAGAGAUGAAAUUGCGAACACGUCAACUAGAGAAAGAAAGCUCCUUGAAUAACUCAUCUGAGCAUGGUGGCGGAUCCACUGAAGUUUCACAAUCAUGUCGAUCUGAGGACGACGGACUUGUUAAUAAUCCACAGAAAGCUAGCGACAUCAAGGAGGUGGGCUUUCCCAUCUCACAGAAGGGGAUUGACUUGACUCAAAGUUUUGAAACUGAUCAGGUAUUUGACUCAAGAGAUGCAGUGUUUGAAUGGUGCCAAGAGGUUGCUAAAAAGAAUGAUACAAGACUUAUUAUUAGAAAGUCACAGACGAAACCAGCAGGAAAGGGUAGCUUCAUUGUGGUUGUAUGUGAAAGAAGUGGUGUUUAUCAGUCUCAUAGUAACGAGAUUGACACUCUGGGGACUGAACCUCAGAAAAGAGGAAGCAAAAAGUGUGGUUGUCCGUUUACAUUGAGGGGCGCAUGCCUGCUUGAGAAUAAAUGGAAACUUCGUGUAAAUUGUGGACGCCAUAAUCACGAGGUUGAAAGCAAUCCGGUUUCGUUUAAUCGGUGGAAACAAGUUGAGGAGCAGCUUUUACUUGAUUUGACUGCAAAGGGUGCCCCUCCUCAACAGGUACUUCAAGCAUUGAAGGAGAAGCACAAAAAUAAUGAUGUAAACCUCAGGACCAUAUACAACAAGAGGUCGAAAUUAAAACGGAAAGAGGUGGAAAGUAAGUCCGUGAUGCGGCAGGUAAUUUCGUCGUCACCCUAACACCAUUAUGUAGAAUUUCCGAGGAAAGAUGUAAAGCCAGAUGAAUUGCAUGAUUUAGUGUGGUGUCAUCUGGAUUUUACAUUGUUCGAGAUUUGUAUUCCGUGUGUUAAUGGUUAAUUGCCGUUCUUUUCUUGUGAUUAGGUUUCAUUUCUAGUGACGUAAUGAAAUCAGUUCGACCAUUAGUAGGUGCACAAUUCCAGGAUGUAUGCUAUUUGAUACUGUGUACCUCCUUAGUAUUAUGUUGAGUGUUGGAAGUUGGAACUAAGUAUUUGGGUUCUUUAGCAGUUUGUUCUAUAAAACCGAUCCGUCUAGAAAUUAUUUGGCUUGUAUUGUGCUCAUGUAGUGAGUGAAUACUAUAUAGAUUGGCUGGUCUAUUAGGAUUUAAUAAUACAAUUUGUUAACUUCCUCUUAAGUCGACUUCAUUUCAUAUGUACUUGUUCAAUAAGAUGCUGGACCAGUUAAUCAUCCACAUAAAGAUAGCAACGUGAUGGAGGAAAACACACCGGCCUUGAGCGUAAGGAUCGAUGUGGCCCAAUGCUUUCAGACUGAUGCAGGACCAGUUAAUCAUCCACAGAAACAAAGCAUUUUGAUGGAGGAAGACACUUUGAUCUCGAAGGCGGGGACCGAUAUGACCCAAUGUUUUCAGGACGAUCAGGGUAAAGGACUAAAAGAUAGCAAUAUGAUGGAGGGAGACGCUCCGAUCUCAAAGGAGGGCGUCGAGGUAAUCGACCUUUGUCAGAACGAUCAGGAUGAAAUACCAGUUAGUGAUCCACCAAAAGAUGGGAAUAUGAUGGAGGCUGACUCUUCAGUCUCUAAGAAGGGAAUGGAUGUGACUCAAUUUUUUCAGACCGAUCAGAGGUUGCUGGCAAGAACAAAACGAGUUAUAAUUGGAAAGUCAGAGACGAAACCAGCAGGAAAGGGUAGCUUUGUUCUGUUUGUUUGUGACCGAAGUGGUGUUUACAGGUACACUAGUUGCACACCAGAUACCAGAAAACGUCAGAGAAGAGAAAGCAAGAAGUGUGAUUGCCCUUUUAAAGUGAGAGAUACUUGUCUUCCUGAAAAUAAAUGGAGACUUCGGGUUCUUUGUGGAAGGCAUAAUCACGAAGCUGAAAACACAUCAGUUCCACUAUUUAAUCGAGAUGAGGAGCAGCUAGGGGAUAAAUUGAUUGAAAGUGGUGUUCGUCCCCAACAGGUACUUGAGGCAUUGAAGGAGAAGAACAAAGAAUGUCUUGCGAGUACCAGUGGAAGUGCCAUAUACAACACAAGGUCAAAAUUAAAACUGAAAGAGGUGGCGAGGAAGUCAGUGGCGCAGGAGGAUGCUGGAUCAGUUAAUCAUCCACAUAAAGAUAGCAAUGUGAUGGAGGAAAACGCUCCAGCCUCAAAUGAAAGGAUCAAUGUGGCACGGUGCUUUCAGACUGAUGCAGGACCAGUUAGUCAUCUACAGAAAGAAAGCAUUUUGAUAGAGGAAGACACUCUGAUCUCGAAGGUAGGGAUCGAUGUGACCCAAUGUUUCCAGACCUAUCAGGGUGAAGGACCAGUUAAGGAUCCACUAAAUGGUAGCAAUAUGAUGGAGGAAGACGUUCCGACCUCGAAGGAAGGGAUGGAGAUAACCCAGUUUUAUCAGACCGAUCAGAAUAAAAUACCAGGUAGUGAUCCACCAGAAGAUGGCAAUAUGAUGGAGGAUGAUGCUCCAAUCUCAAGGGAGGGGAUGGACGUGACUCAAUUUUUUCAGACCGAUCAGCUAUUUGACUCACGAGAUGCAGCAUUUGAAUGGUGCCAAGAGGUUGCUAGAGAGAACAAUACAAGAAUCAUAAUUAGAAAGUCAGAGACGAAACCAGAAGGAAAGGGUAGCUUUGUUCUGUUUGCUUGUAACCGAAGUGGUGUUUACAGGUACACUAGUUGCACACCGGAUGCUAGAAAACGUCAGAGAAGAGAAACCAAGAAGUGCGGUUGCCCUUUUAAAGUGAGAGGUACUUGUCUUCCUGAGAAUAAAUGGAGACUUCGGGUUCUUUGUGGAAGACAUAAUCACGAAGCUGAAAACAUACCACUUCCACUAUUUAAUCGGGAUGUGGAUCAGCUAGUGGUUAAAUUGACUGCAGGCGGUGCUCGCCCUCGACAAGUAGUUGAGGCAUUGAAGCAGAAGAACAAAGAUUGUCUUGUGAGUGCCAAAGACAUAUACAACAGGAGGUCGAGUUUAAAACGGCAUGUGGCAGAAAAAAUGUCAGUGAUGGAACAAGUGAUGAAGUUGUCAACCCAAUACCAUUACAUGGUAUGGUACAGGAAGGAUGAAGAGACGAAUGAGCUUAAGGAUAUAGUAUGGGCUCACCCAGAGUCCACAUUGUUGGCAAAAUGUUUUCCUUCUAUGCUAAUGAUUGAUUGCACCUACAAGACCAAUAGGUUUAAGGUUCCAUUCUUUCAUGUAGCUGGGAUAUCUUCUCUAGGAACACCCUUCACAGUGGCAUAUGCCUUCAUAGAGGAGGAGACCUAAGAGCACUUUAGUUGGGCAUUGACGCAGUUAAAAUCCUUGUUUUUGCCCGAUAGUUUACCAUCUGUUUGUGUGGUGAAUGGGGAUCAUCCAUUAAUAAAUGCAGUUCGUAGUGUAUUUCCUGAAGCCAAGAGGUUGCUCUGCACGUUACAUAUAGGAGAAUGCCUUGUAACUAAUUGCAGGAAAGCGAUUUUGGAUGACAAAGAGUGGGACGACUUUCAUCGUGAUUGGGAAUGUGUUUUGAAAUCAGAGACGAAGGAAGAUUUUGCGGAUACUUAUACUGAGUUUGUAACUACUUGGGUGACGAGGUACCCCACAUGCAUUAAAUACAUACGUGAUACAUGGAUAGUGCACAAGGAGAGCUUUAUUUUGUCUUGGACUCGGAAGAUUAAGCACUUCGGUUACAAAGAAGUUGCCACGGAUGAAAGUGAGCAUGAACAGUUGCGGAAGCAUAUGGAGUCUUCGACGAGCACAACUGGUUUUUUCCGUUGCUGGGAGGCAAUGCACAGCAUUGUGAAAGACCAGAUUAAUCAGAUUAGUGCCUCCAAUGAGAAAAGCUUAACUUAUAUUAAUCGUAAACACCAGAUACCUGCUUUCGAAGAGUUGAAGAACCAUGUCUCUCAGCAUGCGCUGGACCAUAUACUACUUGAACUCGAACAAUUAGCAGUUGUAGAGUCGAAGAAAGAUAUCCCUCAGCAUGCAUUGAAGCUUAGACAAUCAGAGUUUAACCAAUCAGUAGACACAAGCACUGGCGUAACUUCUUGUUGGUGUCUGAUCUCGUAUACGCAUGGUCUUCCUUGUGUACAUGAAGUACAUAACUACAUCCAGGAUGGUAGGCCUGUUCCUCUUUCUGCAAUUGAUCAGCAAUGGAAGCAACUCUCUGUAGUACUCAGUCUGAAUAAUAAUCUUGAUUUUAUUUGCCUACCCGGGGUACAACUUCUACAAGAAAGAUGGAUGGAAGCGUCAGAAUCUGACCGAUCCUUACUGCAGGAGCAGAUGAAAGAGGUUGCGUCGUCCUGUGACUUGGCUAGCUAGAUUAGACGGAUGAAAAAUCUGGUUUGAUGCAUUUCGCAGCAUGUAACCUCUUAGAAGUGAAGUUUGUACAGGUCUGAUCGGAAGAAUGCCAUCCAUAUAUAUAAUGGAGUCUUUGUUCAUUUGUCGGCAGUGAAUGUCGGUGGUCAUAUUUUCUAGUGCCUAGGUUAACCUGUGACGUCAUGUUGAAUUAGUAAGAGGGUUUCGGUGAUUCUUAGACACUGCUUCAUAAAAUAACCAGCCAUGUGAUUGUUGUGGGCUUAAAAAAAUCCUGAAAAUACCCGAUGAGGAAGAGUCAUGAUGGAGUUGACUGUUGAAUUCUUACUCUUCGUUUCCUGGCGCCUAAUGGUAUUUGGCAUUAUCAUUUUUUUUUUAUUCAAAGAAAAGGUCUUCUUCC